AUGUGUGUGUGUGAGCAAGAAGGCCGGGCAGCUCUUUUGUUUUGGCAGAAGCUUUCCAGCGUGUUUCGCAAGAUCUUCAAGAAGAAGACACCAGAACGCGCCAAGCUUGAUGCAGGGCUGAUCGUGUUGCACUGCCAAUCUGAAAAGGAGCAACUGUUCUACCAUAUGGGUUAUUGCAACCUCAAGACCUAUCAUUUUACAGUUUUGGCCAUGCAGCCAAGAGGGGAGAUCACACACAUCGAGAAGCAAAGAGUGCAGCCGCUUUGUUUGAGUGAAGGGGACGACAUCUACAACAGCAUCAAAGUUGCCGUGCAUUGUUUUUCAGACUUUGAUUUGAACAAGCGAUGGACCAUACAUAUUCGGCCAUUGGUGCUGAGCUCUCAGCGCUUUUUCAACCUCUCCCACAUGUUCCCACACCAUGUGGAUGUUCUCAUGGAGACAGGAGCUCUUCCAGCCUUCAUGUGGGAAGGGUGGGAUGAGGAGCGGCCGCAAAGGCGGGGGGCUCCACGACCAAAGCCGAAACGCGCUGGCAAUGAUGCGGGUGAGGCCGAGGCAUGGCGGCCAAGACCAAAACAAAACCCCGAAGCAGAGAGGCCAAGGGCGGUGACACGGCAACAUGGGGUUCUGCUCAUCAGGAAGGUGAAGCAAGUGCUUCCCGUUCAUUGGUUGUUGAUGAAGACAAACCUUGCACUGGUGUUUCAGACUGCGAGUAUACACCUACAGAGGUGGCGCCAGGUGACGUUCCGGAGAGUCCGUUUUUUGAUGAUGAUGAUGCCCUGUCAAAUUUCGAAAAUGACAGUGACAGUGGAAACUCAAACCAUGAAAGCGGUGAUGACGGGGACGGCGACGCUGUCCUCAAUGAGUGGGUGA